GUAAACGGUUUCUGGAUUUCUCGUUGGAUUUUGGCCUUUGGACUUCACAAUGCUGAAGGAAACGCUGAGGCUGCUCUUCGUCUGGGCUGUUCUGGAGUCAGUUUGCUCACGCGGAUGUUCCUCAUUUUUCUGCCGCAAAACACGUCGGGUGAGCGGUUCGCGUUUUGGAGCUGACCCGGGCAAACCACUGAUGCUCACCCCUUAUCUGGAGCAAGGCAAGAUAGAAGAAGCCAAAAAACUGAGUUUGGUGGGUCCCCUUCCUGGUGCCAAUGUCAAGAGUUACUCUGGAUAUCUCACUGUGAACAAGACCUACAACAGCAACCUUUUCUUCUGGUUCUUCCCUGCCCAGGAGAGACCAGAGACUGCUCCGGUUCUGCUGUGGCUGCAAGGAGGACCAGGAGGAACCUCUAUGUUUGGCUUGUUUGUGGAGCACGGCCCAUAUUUUGUAUAUAAGAAUCUCACAUUGGGCUAUAGGCAUUUCCCCUGGACAUCACGCUAUUCAGUUCUCUACAUUGACAACCCGGUUGGGACAGGAUGGAGUUUCACUGAGGAUGACCGAGGGUUUGCCCAAAACCAGGAUGAUGUGGGCAGAGACUUGUAUAGUGCCCUGACUCAAUUCUUCCAGAUAUUUAGGGAGUUCCAGUCAAAUCCGUUUUAUGCUACUGGCGAGUCAUAUGCAGGAAAGUAUGUUCCAGCGAUUGGCUACUACAUCCACAGGAACAAUCCCUCCGCUAAAGUGAAGAUCAAUUUUAAAGGAGUGGCCAUUGGAGAUGGAUUGUGUGACCCUGAACUGAUGCUGGGAGGCUAUGCAGAUUUUCUCUAUCAGACGGGUCUGGUGGAUGAACUGCAGAGGCAGCAUGUGAAGAUGCAGACAGAUGCAGGAGUCAAACUGAUUCAGGAGCAGCGAUGGGUGGAGGCCUUCCAGGUGUUUGACAGCUUACUGAAUGGGGAUCUUGUUCCUUAUCCUUCAUACUUCCAGAACGUCACUGGUUGCACCAACUACUUCAACUACAUGCAGUGUCAGGAACCUCCAGAUCAGGAGUAUUUUUCUUCAUUCGUGACUCUACCAGAGGUUCGACGCUCCAUCCAUGUUGGGAAUCUGACCUUCAACGAUGGCUCAGAUGUGGAGAAACAUCUGCUUCAGGAUGUCAUGAAGUCCAUCAAACCCUGGUUGGGCGUCCUGAUGGAGAACUAUAGAGUGUUAAUCUACAGUGGUCAGCUGGAUGUGAUCGUUGCGGCCCCUCUUACUGAGCGCUUCUUGCCCACCGUGAGCUGGUCUGGAGCAGACGAGUAUAAGACCGCAGAGCGAUUCCCCUGGAAGGUUCAGCCCAGCGACACUGAAGUCGCAGGAUACGUUCGACAAGUCAGAGAGUUCUUUCAGGUUAUUGUCAGGGGAGGCGGGCACAUUUUACCUUAUGACCAACCAGAGAGAUCAUUCGACAUGAUAGACAGAUUCCUCUCUACAGAUGGAUUUACAUCUCACUGAUAGACUGAGAUCAAACAUGAAAUGUGACCAGUGAAUGAAUCCGUGUUCACUAGCGUAAUGUAUAUUUCAAUGCGAUAUACCGUGCUCUUAUGAAGGCACUGUAAUGGUUUAUAUUUUUUAUUAGGCUCUGUUAAGUGUAAGGGCUGUUUUAUUGUACAUGAUUUGAAGAUGAUUUUUGAUUAAAGUAUGAUUUGAAUUUAA